AAGCUAGAAGUGGAGACUGCCACCUAAUGUGUCGGGGUGUCAUCGUUAGGCGGCUACACGACGGAUUUUCUUUGCAAUGCCACAUAAAGGCGUUACCGUUGGUCCGACUUUUCUCGGAAUUGCGAGAAACCUUUCGACGGACCUGGGAAAACUUGGAAAAUCGGCACAAAUUAUCAGCAGACAGAAUCAAGCCCCUGUAGGGAAACCCCUCCUUUCUCCAUAGAAGCAGAAGUUGCUAUAAACUGCGCAUGCGCGGUGCUCAGCCGGGUCGUUUUCGUUUCACCCGGAGUCACUGGAGUUUGAACAGAGGGGGUGAGGAAAUGUCGUACUACUCAUCUUCCCGCAGCUCUUCUCGCAGCCUAGAUUGCAAGGUCUACGUCGGCGACCUCGGCAAUGGUGCGGCGAAGGGUGAGCUGGAGAGGGCGUUCAGCUACUACGGGCCUCUGCGGAGCGUCUGGGUGGCUCGAAAUCCUCCCGGCUUCGCCUUUGUGGAGUAUGAAGAUUCCCGGGAUGCAGAGGAUGCGGUAAAAGGCAUGGAUGGCAAAGUGCUUUGUGGGACCCGGAUCCGUGUAGAGUUGUCCACUGGGUUGUCCCGGAAGACGCGGUAUGGGCGGCCAAGCCGGCGCCAUUUCGACCCGAAUGACCGUUGCUACCAGUGUGGUGACCGGGGUCAUUACGCUUAUGAUUGUUACCGCUUCAGCAAGAGGGGAGGAAGCCGUCGCAGUCGGUCGCGUUCCCGCUCCCGAUCUCGGUCCCGAUCCAGGUCCCGGGGUCGGCGUUACCGUUCUCGUAGCCGCAGCCGUAGUCGUAGCCGAAGCAACGAUCGCAGGUGUCAGUCCCCAUCUCACUCUAAGCGGAGGAGCAGGUCUGGUUCCCAAACUCGAUACAAGUCCAAAACUCCAGUGAGAAGUCGUUCUCGCUCUUGGUCUCGAUCACGCUCCCGGUCUCGCUCCCGGUCUGUUUCCCGGCCCAGAGGGCGCUCCAACUCUCGCUCCCGUUCUCGCUCCCGUUCUCGCUCCAGGUCCCGCUCGCCCAGCCCCAAAAGGGACAGGUCACCCAUCCAAGAAUGAACUGGCCAGACCUUGCUUAGCUUCAGAGACACGUGCAGAGCUGAUGUGAUCAGACUCCAGGAGCCGAUGUUUGUAUGAAGGCUGUGGGGUCCCUUUUUUCUCCCCCCUCUUCGUCCCUCUGAUCCAGCCUCAUUUUGAUUAGCUUCAGAGGAAAGACGAAAAGAUCUUUGAUGUGAUCAGUCUCCAGUGAUGAAUGGCUGCAGGCUUUUGUAGAUGGGGGAGUCGACUGGCAGAAGCGCUGACCAGGUUCAUCAUUGCUGUGUUUAACUUCCGAGAGGGGGAUUAAAGCUGACCAGAGAUCAGCCUCCGUGGCAAGGGUUAAAGAGGUCGUCCGGCGCACUUUCCAACGACACUUCCUACGCGUGCAUACCACUGUUCGACAUCCCCUACCUGACCAUUGCAUUCUCCACCUGAAUGCUGCGCUGAGAUCAGUCGUUAAUACCCCAACCCCCUUCAAAGCUCCAGCCUCGCUUAGCUUCUGAGAGUGAGAGGUGAAGGAGAGCUGACGAGAGAUCAGACUUCAAGACCUUCCAGUGUCUUCAAGUUCUCGCGUCCGUCACAUCUCUGUUCAUGUUGUUUCUGCCACUGUCUCCAAAGGUAACGAACAAACCAGAGUCGAUGUCAUUUGUUUUCAGAAUCCAGCCCUGUACGCAUUGUAAUACUUCCAAACCUCUUCUAUAACAUCAGUAUGCUUGCCUUCUUGGGAUUUUCUUUACGUAUGUGUAGGUGUGUUUGGAAUGGAUAAACGUGGGAGGGUUGGUCAUUUUGUGUUUCAUUUUAUUUUGUUUUCCCCUUUGUGACUGUAAUCCCUGGAUUUGGUGUUUUUGGGAAACUUGGUCGCUAGGUCAUAUUCUCUGAGGCCGCCUUUUGAAAUGGAUUGCCCUUUUUGUAUUCAUCUAUUGGGCUUCUUCCUCAUAGCCCAAGUAUGCAUUGUUGUUCUCCAAAUACCAGGUUGCCCGGGUGUAUAGGAAUGAAAGCUAGUUGGUGGCAGAUUUUUGGCCUUUUAGGUACAUUGGCAGGUGGGGGGUGGAGAGAUGUUUUUUUUUUUUUCCCCCACUCAGCCCGAGCCUUUAAUUUGUUUUUAUAUUAAGUACAGUUAUUUUAGUCUUAAUCCUUUCACAAUGACAUCAGUAUCCCCUUGAGUUAGGAUUCCAUUCCAUGCCUUACCUUGCAUUUGUAGGAUUCACGGUUUAAUGCAAACCUUUGCUGUAAAAUGAUCAGAGUAGGGCAUUUGGGUUCAACAGGAAUUUGUGAAGCAAUUAUGAUGCGAUGCUUGCUGCAUUGUUUGUGAUAAAUGUUGGUUAUUGGUGCAAUGCAAUAAUGUCCUGCUAUGUGUUUCAGCCGCUCCAGGUCUCCCAGCCCGAAAAAGAGCCCUGUUCCUGAUGCAGAAUGACCAGAGAUGAAUCCUUGCAACUGCACACAUGCCCAUUUCCUCUUGUCCCCAAACCCCCAGCCUAAGGCGUUGAGGCAGUUUUUUUAAUGGUGUUUUCCCCGCACUCAGUUGUCAAAUCGGACCUUUUGUUUUUUUCUUUUUUUAAAAAAAGCAUGACCCAAUCUAGCUGUCGGAUGUCCUGUGUAGUGGAUUCCGACGUUGCUUGUUCUGAAUGUCUAACUUCCUCUUUUUAGCUCUAAAGCAUUUGGAAGACGCUCAAGAAGGAAUAGUCAAAAUUGAUCUUAACUUAGAAAACUUCCAAUUGCAGUGUGAUACAUGCAGUUUGGUUUUCCAGUGAACUUUGUGCUGCAAGUUAGUACUGCCUGGACACUUUUAACCAGGAUGCCCACGUGCAAUCACGACUUUGUGAAAUGCAGGAUUCUGUAUUGAUUUUUUCUCCCCCUCCCCAAUAUUUUUUUAAAUAAAACAUCUACACACA